AUGGAGAACGCUGAUGGACCAUUGAAGUGUAAGAGGAACUACUCACUCAAGGUGCUGAGGUUGAGCCCCUGGUUUUUAUUUUACAACAUCGGCAACAUCUGCUCCUACACUUCAGGAGGGAAUGAAACCGGAUGGUGUUACCAUGGAAACCACAGAACCAACAGCAGAAGCAAAUCCUUCCUACCACAGGGUAACGAACCUCAACAAGACUCUCCCCCAUCAGAACCACAGGAGCUGCUGGUCAGGAGGCUACUCCUGCUGCCAGCAGAUCAGCUGUUACCAAUGCCCCCAAAACCCAGCACUUCAGCCGCAUCAAAAACUGAUGGUAGCAGCCUUUCAAAGACCACCAGGCCUGUUGCAUCUCGGCCUGCAUCUGCUAUGACCAGGCCCACCAAAGCUACAACCAAACCCUCUACCAGUGUAUUGGCCAAAACUGCAGCCCCCAGAGUUACUACAGCACCCUCUAGUGGCCGAACCACAACAGUACAGUCUUCCAAACCCACUGCUGUUAAAGAUGUCUGUCAACCGCAUUCUGCUACAGUGGCCAAGAAACCCGCAACAUCAGCUGCUCCCAAAAAACCUGAAGCCUCAAAAACCCCAGGCACCACAAAGCUUAACUCUGCCGCUAAAAAACCUAUGUCAACGCAGGUAGCAGAUCCCAAGCAAUCCAAAACUCAAGACCCACUGAAGCUUACUAAAAAACCUGCUGUAACCACUGCUCAAGUCCGUGCUGUUAACAAGCAGCCAUCGGGCCGGCCCCCACUUGCUUUACCAGUCAACAAACCUACAGUCAGCAACUCUCAGGCAAAGAAAGGCCUUAAACCUACUGUGCCGCCUUUCACUGCCAUCAAGAAGACUGACGUCCCAGUGCACAGUGGGCCUGGAAAAGUACAGAGUUCUACAAGUACACCGGCUGCUGCAGCACUUCCAACAGUUCCCAAAGAGGCUGCCGUAGUUUUACCGCAACCAUCCCUUUUUGCUACCUCAGCACCAGAAGAGGCAUCUUCCAAAGGCUUUGACAAAGAGACUCCGCAAGACAAUGGCGCUGCUUGGUCUCCACACAGUCCUGAGAGGACAACCAUCCCACAAAUAUCUCCAAAUCAUGAGCAGACAGACGCCUCCACUCCUCCUCUAGUGAUGCAGGAGAGACCCUGUGUCCCAGUUGAAGUUCAAUUAUCUGAAGUGGCCUCUCGUACAGAGCCGUCGGAGCCAGUUUACUCAUUAGCAGAUUGUACUACAUCUAAAUCACUUCCAACAGCAGCUGCACCUCAGAUGUUUCCUUCUGACAAUCUCAAUGAGGAGGAGGAUGAAGAGGAGAAAGAGGGAAGUCAGCUGGUUUCUGUGUCAGAAAUGAGUGGUGCGACACAACCCACUGAAGAGUCUCGUCCUGGCUCAGCUGGGCCAUUGGGUGGAUGUGCUUGGAGGGCUGGUGGUGCAUUGCUGUCUGAACUGGAUUCUGAAGAGGUCAGUGGCAGUCAGCAGGGAGCUUCUGAACUGAGUGCCCCUGGCGUAUUGGAGGGCACAGAAAGCACUGACGAUUUGGGGGACGGCAGUCUAAAAGGAGCUAUGGACAUUGAAGGAGCCUCGGCAGGUUCACCUGACUUUGAGAAGGUUCCUGACAUACCAGUUAAUGACUUUGAGGAAGAAGAGGAUGAUGAGGAUGACUACGAUCGUGUGUGUGACAUGGAUGUUGGCUCGGAGCAAGCAGAGGACCCACAGAGACCCAGGCACGAUAAUGAUGUGGAUGAUGAUGAAGAUGUAGAAAUGGCCAGUGAGGGUGUAACAGAGAGUGGACUAGAAAGCUAUGGCAAUGCAGAUGAGGAUGACUUUGUCGAGGAUGAAAGGUUGGACAACUUGAACAGGUUGGCCCAACUGCCACCUCCUCUCACCUGCUGCCCUCAGCCCCAGCUGCUCAGUGGAAUCAACAGAACCCGCUUGUAGAUCCAUGGGCGCAGCCUCAGCAGAUGUUGGAGGUAGCAGGAGCUGUGGUUAGCACCUUCACUGACCCUUGGCAAGCAGAUUCUGAGACCCCAACACAAUCCCAAGCCCAGCCUUGGUUAGAACUUGGGUCCAUUUCCUGUGUUCCAGAAAAUCGAGAAGUUCCUCAUCAUCCCUCUGUCACACAUGAAGUGCAAAAUGAAGCGUCUCAUAUGUAUAUGAAUCAGCCCAGCCUACCCCUGAUGCAGAACUUAGCUCCAGCUCACCUCUCUGCCCCAGGAAUGUCACUGUCAAGUACUGUGAGCAGUGAAACAAGUACCCCAGAGGAACUUGGUGACUACGAUCAAGAGAAGCACCAAUCUCGCACUCAGGCUGGAGUUGUGCCUGCGCAGCAUUACCAGCCUGAGGUAGAGCACAAAGACCUCAGCAUGUACUUGGAUGGAGAAGAAGAGGCUGAAGCAGAAACCCUCCCUGCUGAUGAGAUCCUGGGAGAGCCCACAACUGCAUCUUCAUCAUCUGUAACAGAUGAUGAAGCCAGUGACACAGAGGGAGAGGUUCAGUUGAUUGGGGAUUCAUCAGAUAGGUCAGGAAUCUGCCAUGCAACCUUUGAAAGUCAGCCUCUUGGUCAACGCUGCCUAUCUACUGUGGAGGAAGGAGAGGAGGCAGAGUCCGAGGCUGUGGAAGGUGGUGCUGGGGAAGACUUCACCCUACCUUCAGCUACCUCUGUGACUUCUGGGUUUGACGUAAUGACAUCAGCUUCAAACUCAAAUGGCCAGUCAACAGGUGAGAGUUGCCCCAAGAGCCCUGGUGUGUUUUCCCUAGAGGAGCUGUCUGAGGAGUCCAAGGAGCCGUGUGCUGUCCAGCAGGUUCACAACCAGCCAACAAUGGAAGAGCAGCACUACGCUGAAUACAGGUACCAGGAAGCAGAGUUAAUGGAAAGUGAUGAAGAAGAACAAGGUCCCGGAAAAGCUCCUGUGAGCUCCUUAGAGCAACCAGAUGAGAUCCAGCCCCCCUGUUAUAAAGCUAUCUGUGAACAAACUGACGACUCUUUUGCAGGUAACGUAUAGUUCAUUGCUCUGGCUGCCUGCGUAUCCUUUGUCUCCUUUGGCCAUUCCAGUCUCCACAAAAUAUCUCUGUACUUCCUGUUUGUCCUGAAAUCUCUGGGGGUGGAUGUAAUCACAUUAAAAUCACAUUUAAAACAGAGAGCAAGAUUCCAUUAUGACUAUAUGGCUUAAAUUCCUAUAUGUGCAAUACCUAUUUACUCUUCUGUGUGCUUGGGUUUGGUCUUGUUUUAAAAAGAUGUUCCUGCUUGUCGUGAACUGGCAUAGAAUCGACUCUAUUUACAGUGCAAAAACAAAAUCAAUGAAAAAUAAAUGUGGAAUUGACUAUUAC